AUGGAGCAGCAAGUUCUACACCCACCCACCCACCCAUCCAGCCACCCACCCCAUCCACCCCCAGCCACCCAGCCAGCCAGCCAGACAGCCAGCUACCCACGGACAAAAGAACAGGUGGUUCCUGUUCUCCCCGACGACGCGGCUAGCGCGGUGGACAUUGACGCAAAGGACCUUACGUGGGACACUUUCAGAUCAGGCGGCAAGGGUGGCCAGAAUGUCAACAAGCUGGAGACAGGCGUUCGGGUGACGCACGCGCCGACCGGCAUCGCCGUCCGGUGUACGGAAGAGCGCAGCCAGCUGAGCAAUCGAAACAAGGCGCUGUUGCAGCUGAAAGCAAAGCUCAUGCUGAUCAAGGAGCAGCAGCGGGUGCAAGAGCUGCGCGAGAUCCGUGGCGACCUUGUCUCGGCCCAGUGGGGGGCGCAGGUGCGGAACUACGUGCUGCAACCAUACACCAUGGUCAAGGACGUCCGAUCUGGCCACGAGCGUGGCGACGCAGACCGCGUCCUAGAUGGGGACCUGGACUCCCACGUGGACGCGCUGCUCCGAAUGGAGACAAAGACAAAGAGUUAA